CCGAAAUCUAAUAAUACGAUCAAAUGUUAUGAACAUUAUGACACUACCGCCAUCUUGAUAUGUUUUAUUUCCAUGAAAUUAACCAAAUGGCUUCAAAAAGGACGUUUCAUAGCCUUUUCGCGAGACAAUUAGAAUGGUUUUUGACAGUUUAAAGUAAAAUUCGUGUCCUAUUUCAAAUCAAAAGUUGAUCGAUCAUUAAAAAUUAAAAAUUUAUAUUCUUUUUCAGAUCGAAAUCAAAUUUGUGUGCAUUUUAGAUAUAUAGAGAGAAUUAUGCUGCACAGAUCUUACACCCUUUUGAAUUUCUUCCGAAACAUUAGCUGCCACUGUACCGGUGAACACUGCAUUUUCCAAAUAGGUUUGUCAAGGAGACGCUCUAAUAUAUUGAUAACACCUAACCAUGGUGUACGUUGUAAGGUACACGUGAUUUCCAAUAGUCAGAGCAAUUUUGGUCAAAAAAAAGCAGGAAAAACUGGAGACUUAAAAUGGACUUGUAUUAUAACACGGCGAACAGCAUCCGACGAUAUAAAAGGAAAGGGGAUCGGAGAUUUGCUUCAACAAGAAAAGAUAUUUAUCCAAGAUGGUCAGGAUAGAGUAAUUGAAUUAAACGAAGAAAAACUAGGAAAACUGAAAGAACGGCCUUUAAAUGUGGAGCCAGUUGUUGAGAUUGAUGAUAAGAAAAAGAAAGAUCCAGCAAAGGUAGCAGAGUUUAUCGAUAAGCCUGUAAUAGAAAGUAAAGAAACUGCUGAAGAAGAUAUUACGUCGAAGAAGACAAAGAAAAGGUUAAGAGUCGAUAGAUCUACGGCAUCGUUGGAACGCAACUUUAUUACACCGGUAAAAGCUAUGAAUGACUUUCUGUUGAAACCAUCCGAUCUUGAAAUACUACCAAAAACAAAGCGAAGAUCUCCGUACGAAUUUGAACCGCCGAUUACUGUUUAUUGGAGAAAAGAUGUUGAAGCUAAAGCACUGGAAGUCUGGGGGUCACGUGAAGCUUUAUUAAAAGAGCUUCUGAAGAAAGAACUUGAACGGAAAACGUACCAACAAAAUAUUUUCACUGUAAAACGAAGAUUGAGAGACUAUAGACGGGAAAUGGGUAAUAAGACUGAGACGGUAGAAACGGAGGGCUUGUUUGGUAGAUCCGGACGAGUAGUACUAACGGCAGUUGUUAUAAAUGCAAGUAACUUUCUAUUUAAGCUGUUCGCUUGGAUAUAUACGGGUUCACAUAGUAUGUUUUCAGAAUGUAUACAUUCAGCAGCAGACACAUGUAAUCAAUUGAUUCUAGCUUAUGGCAUUCAUAAAUCCGUUCAAAAUCCUAAUGCCGAUCAUCCAUACGGUUAUACCAACAUGAAAUAUGUAUCCUCUUUAAUAUCGGGCGUAGGCAUUUUUUGUGUCGGUACAGGUUUAUCAAUCUAUCACGGAAUUCACGGACUUCUAUUUCCUGCAUCUGUAGAGUCUUUUUAUUGGGCAUACUUUAUUUUAGGUGGAUCCUUAGUUUCCGAAGGAGCCACUUUAUUAGUAGCUAUAAAUUCUAUUAAAAAAGGAGCAGAGGAGAAAAAAGAAACUUUUUGGGAAUAUGUAUUAUCAGGUCAAGAUCCAUCGGUUAACGUCGUUUUAAUGGAAGAUUUGGCAGCUGUAUUAGGGCUAGUUUGUGCCGCUUCGUGUAUGGGUUUAACCUCCUACAUAGGAAAUUCAACUUUUGAUGCUAUUGGAUCCUUAUUAGUUGGAGGUCUUCUUGGCGGAGUAGCAUCCUUUAUAAUUUAUACCAAUGUUGCAGCUUUAGUUGGGAGAAGUAUAUCGCAAGAAAAUCUUGACAAAAUCAAUGCUGUAUUAGAGUCCGAUAUAAUGGUUCGAGCUAUUCAUGAUGUCAAAGGUAUUGAUAUGGGUAACAAUUUGGUCAGAUACAAAGCCGAAUUAGAUUUUGAUGGGCGAGAGCUAACCAGAUCUUAUCUUGAUAAACAUGAUCUGCUUACUAUGUUGGAGGAAGUGAAAACUAUGCAAAAUAUCGAUGAGCUAGAAGCAUUUCUUUUGAAACAUGGUGAAAGUAUCGUUGAUAUGCUUGGUGGAGAAAUUGAUAGAAUAGAAUUAAAAUUAAAGAAAAAUCAUCCAGAGAUCAGACAUUGCGAUUUAGAAGUUUUAUAAGAAAUUUUUUAGUUACCGUGAUCUCUUCUGUAAAUAUUUAAUUGUAAUAUCAAUAUUAUAAUAUAUAAUGUAUCUAUGAAAGGGAGUAAUUUUUAUUUUAAUGAUUGG